ACGGAACUCUCUAGAGUUCUGGCUGCAUAUCUAAAAUAGAAAAAUUGUCAAUAGCUACAUCAUGUUUGUGUCAAAACUAAAUAAUAUAAAAUACUUAUUAAAUAGUACGAGAAAGUUCGCUCGUUCUUUAUCAACACAGAUUCAACAAUCUGAGAGCUCUGGUCCAGUGGUCUUUCAGAGGCUAGGUGGAACCGACCGUGGCAUCGCUCUAUACGGCCUGAACAGUCCUGAAAAUAGGAAUGCUAUCGGAUUUCAGCUGUUGCAGGCAAUGAAAGAGGUGAAUCAAUUAUUGCGAGAAGACACCAAAAUCUCUGUGGUUAUUCUCUACAGCUUGGUACCGGGGAUAUUCUGUGCUGGGGCACAUUUAAAGGAGCGUUUCCAAAUGUCUGAUGAGGAGGCAUCCACCUUUGUCCGUGGACUCAGAAGUACCUUCAUUGAAAUAGAGGACCUUCCCAUGCCCACAAUAGCUGCCAUCGAAGGUGUUGCCGUGGGCGGCGGGUUAGAGCUGGCAUUAGCGUGUGACAUACGGAUAGCUGCAGAAACUGCCAGAAUGGGGUUAGUUGAAACCGGACGAGGUUUGAUUCCCGGCGCUGGAGGUACACAGAGGCUGCCACGUGUUAUACACCCCAAUGUUGCUAAAGAGCUUAUAUUUACUUCUCGAAUUGUAAACGGUACAGAAGCUAAGGAAUUAGGUAUAGCAAAUCAUGUAGUGCCACAAAAUAGUAAUAAUAACGCUGCAUAUGAGAGAGCUCUAAACUUGGCUAGGGAGAUAAUACCAAACGCGCCAAUAGCCAUAAGGUGUGCAAAGCAAGCCAUCAACGAAGGAGUCCAGUUGAGUAUCAAGGAUGGGUACGAGGUGGAACAGAAGUUUUAUGAAAUCAAUAUUCCCACCAAAGAUAGACAGGAGGGAAUGAUAUCUUUUAUAGAGAAACGGAAACCUCAAUAUGAAGGGCACUGAAGUUAAAUGUUAGUUAUAUAUGUUAACUUUUGUUGAGUUUCUAUAUUGUAGCAAUCGUCAUCAUCAUCAUCAGCCCGCUGCUGGACAUAGGCCUCUCCCUAGGCCUAUCAUACGCCCUUCUUGUCCAACAGUAACCAUACCUAUGUAGUCGCUUCACCCAACUGUGGUGUCUCCUACACUAUGUUUGUUAAGUCGCAGUCUCCGAUUGUAGCAAUGUCUGACUUUAACUUUCAUUAUUUGACUCUGUAAAUCAUUGUAAUUAUUAGAACUCAUGCAAAUAUUAUUCUAACAUUCAUCAUUUGACUCUGUAAAUCAUUGUAAUUGUUAGAACUCAUGCAAAUAUUAUUGUAACAUUCAUCAUUUGACUCUGUAAAUCAUUGUAAUUAUUAGAACUCAUGCAAAUAUUAUUGUAACAUUCAUCAUUUGACUCUGUAAAUCAUUGUAAUUAUUAGAACUCAUGCAAAUAUUAUUGUAACAUUCAUCAUUUGACUCUGUAAAUCAUUGUAAUUGUUAAAACUUAUACAAAUGUUAUUCUACUUGAUAGUAGUGUUUAUUGAGUUCUAAGAAUUAGCCGUUAAUUUUAGUAUUUAAUAUACCGUUGCAUUGGACUAUAUAAGUCACUAGCUGACCCGCGCAACUAGUCUGCAUCAU